AUGGAAGAUAAAGAUGCACUGAGAGUGCGUCGUGGCUCUCAUCCUCUGUGGGAAUGCUGCACGGCCUGUAGCGGUAUUGCUCUGAAAUGCCGCACCAUCACGCACGAGGACGUGGCACGGAGUGGAAGAUCUCUUUGUGUGUCUGCUGCUGUGGGUGUGGGCGCGGCCGCGUCGGACUUGUCGGCACGAUGGCCGCAGCGUGUAGCUGUUACUGUGUUCUCUCGGGAAAUAUGCUGCCACGCUUUCCAGUGUGUGUUGCUUUGGGGACAAUGUGGCGGCGGCUGUGCGAUUGCCGAGUGGAGGGAGAGGAGUGGAGGGAAGUGCGUGAGCGCCGCGGUCAGGAGUCGCGCUGGGUGUCUCGCCGCGGAGGACACUGCCCACCCAGCCAAGCACCGCUCCUGUCGGGCACCCUCUAUCACACUGCAGCAUCGUAGUCGACGCCACCAGCACGCAGCGAGGCAGUGGAUGCCACCACUGAAACGAAUGCGACUGGAAGGGGACACGUCUGCUGUUGCGUUUCGAGGGGGUACACCGUGUGGCAAAGUGGCUUGCCCACAACGUCCUCGCGGAGUCUGCACACGACACCGGGCACUGGCCGUGGAGUUUUUGCGUCGUGGAGGACACUGCGGUGGAGUUUUUCCUCAUUCCAUGUGGACGGACGCCUGUUUUUCUUUUUUUUUUCACCCAGGCGUGUUGCUGCGCGGUGACACCACAACAAGGCAUUCGCUUUCACCAUGGAGGGGUGAUAUCUGUGGGGCUAUGCAUUGGGAAUGUAAAUGA